GGGAAUGGGGUGGGGCCUGCCCAGCAAGGAACGGAGCUCAGCCCUGGAGGUUUCUGGGAGAGCAAGAGCCCAGGGAACCAAGAGAUAAGGUGGGUGUAGCUGCAGAAACCUGGUGCCAGGCCUUACCUGAGGACCUGUACAUCUGACCUGCCAGGGCUUCCACCCUGAGGUAGGAGGGACCCUGGCCAGCAGGUAAGCCAGCAGCUCUGGGAGGAAGGUGCUGGGGAGGGGGGCUCUGGUGCGCUGGACAUGACCUUAUUUCCUCCCCCCCAAAUAACCAGCUGUCUGGUUUCUGUACUGUUGAGUACAUGUUCCCUGAUCCUCCCCAGAUGCUUGUUCAGUUCUCGUCCCAAAUGUCCCUGGGGAGGCGGAGCAUCUCCUUGGCAGGGUGCUCUUUCCUGAGGCCGAAUGGGGAGGAUAGGGAGGGGUACUCCUCGCUUGUCCCAGUUUUUGGCUUGGGUCCCCAAGGGAUGACACUCGGCUGUGGGGUUAAAGUAGGGAAGAGAGAAGGCUGGGUACCCAGUCACAAGUUCAGGGGCAAAGAGCACAUUUGUGAUUCUGUAAUCCAAAAGGUUAACCCUUCUUCCCAGAGAUUAUCUCUUCUACCACCCUCCACCCUCACAUGGCCCAGCUCGGGGGGGCCCAGAGUCCAGGCCACUGUGACCACAGGCACAUCUGCAGGUAGCACAUGGAAUGCCCAGGGCAGGCUGCAGGCAGACAGGGACGUGAUGUGUUCAGGAGCGGCCUCGGAGCAGAGGGCUACUCUCUGGAGGAGCAAGCUUGAGGACAAGGGGAGGAAGCCACCCAUCAGAGCGGGGACAGGAGCAGGGGUGGAGGGAGCCCACCAAGGGAGGCAAGUGGGCGCAAACGGCAAAGGCCAAGCCCGGGUUGAGGGUGGGAGGGCUGUGCUGCCCCUUGGCGGUCGCACUGUGCAUUAUCACAACUCCCUAUGCAGCCCCUUCUUCACGAGGCCGCACCACUGGGUCGCCUGAAUCAAGCAAGCGUUGGGACCCCAUUGUUGCCCUCUGUCCUUCACCUAUCCCUCUUAGGCUCCAGUGACAGGGCCCCUCGCCUGGCUGCCAGGCCCUGUGCAUCAUGCAGCCCAGGGGCCUCAAAGGGCCCCGCGCCUUUGAAGGGAUGUGUCUGCUGCUCCUACUGCUGCUGUCGUCACCUCCUACACCCAUAACCUGCGCCCAGACCCUGCCGGGCGCCCCCAGUGUCCCAACCAUGCCUCCAGUCUCCCCCAGUGUCCCCGGCCUUCGAGAACGGGCACAGGCUCUGAUGCGGGCCUUCCCACUUGUGGAUGGCCACAACGACCUGCCCCUGAUCCUGAGGAAACUUUACCAGAACAGGCUACAGGAUGUUAACCUGCGCAAUUUCAGCCAUGGCCAGACCAGUCUGGACAGGCUUAGAGACGGCCUCGUGGGUGCCCAGUUCUGGUCAGCCUACGUCCCAUGCCAGACCCAAGGACGGGAUGCCGUGCGCCUCACCCUGGAGCAGAUUGACCUCAUCCACCGCAUGUGUGCCUCCUAUUCUGAGCUGGAGCUUGUGACCUCUGCUAAAGCUCUGAACAACACCCACAAGCUGGCCUGUCUCAUUGGUGUGGAGGGUGGCCAUUCACUGGACAGUAGCCUUUCCGUCUUGCGUACCUUCUAUGUGCUGGGAGUGCGCUACCUGACACUCACCCACACUUGCAACACCCCCUGGGCAGAGAGCUCAACUAAGGGCAUCCACCCCUUCUACAACAAUGUCAGCGGACUGACCAGCUUUGGUGAGAAGGUGGUGGCAGAAAUGAACCGCCUGGGCAUGAUGGUAGACUUGUCCCACGUCUCGGAUGCUGUGGCGCAGCGGGCACUGGAAGUAUCACGGGCUCCUGUGAUCUUCUCCCACUCAGCUGCCCGGAGUGUGUGCAAGAACAUUCGGAAUGUUCCUGAUAACAUCCUACAGCUUCUGAAGAAGAAUGGUGGCAUCGUGAUGGUGUCCUUGUCCAUGGGGGUAUUGCAGUGCAACCUGUUAGCCAACGUGUCCACCGUGGCAGAUCACUUCGACCACAUCAGGACAGUCAUUGGAUCCAAGUUCAUCGGGAUUGGUAGUGAUUAUGAUGGGGCUGGCCAUUUCCCUCAGGGGCUGGAGGAUGUGUCCACAUACCCGGUGCUGAUAGAGGAACUGCUGAGACGUGGCUGGAGUGAAGAGGAACUUCAGAGGGUCCUCCGUGGAAAUCUGCUGCGGGUCUUCAGACAGGUGGAACAGGGUUUUGUGACUCCAGCCCCUUCCUUGCGAGGCCGUGCCACUGGGUCGCCUGAGUCCAGCGUCGAGACCCCAUCGCGGCACUGUGCCUGCCUCAGGCUACCGCGAUCGACCCCCCAUCUGCCUACCGAGCCCUGUGCAUCAUGCGGCCCGCGGGCCUCGAGAGUCUCCACCGGCUAG